AUCCCAGAGUGUGGGUUCUACGGGAUGCAGGAGAAGAUCCUCCUGUUCCGUCACGACCAGACGUCGGACAACCUGCUGCAGCUGCUGCGCUCCGCCUCCCACAUCCAGGAGGGAGACCUGGUGGAGGCCAUCCUGUCAGCUUCAGCCACGAUGGAGGACUUCCAGAUCCGACCCCACAGCCUGUUCGUCCACUCGUACCGAGCGCCCACCUUCUGRGACCACUGUGGAGAGAUGCUGUGGGGGCUGGUUCGACAGGGACURAAAUGUGAAGGCUGUGGGCUGAAUUAUCACAAACGCUGCGCCUUUAAAAUCCCCAACAACUGCAGCGGGGUGAGACGGAGACGGCUGUCCAACGUGUCCCUGACAGGAGGAAUGGUCAGCAUCGGYCGGCCGCUCUCUGCAGAACCUUCUCCUCCACACUACACCGACGAGGCUCUGCUGGUCAGUACAGAACCUUCUGGACUCAGACAAGGUGAACCUGUCUGCAGCCUAACUUCAGUUUCUUCUGUCCUGUUCCAACAGUCACCUGUCAGCCCCAACAUGGAGGUAAGUCUGAACACCAGAACCCACCAAAACACACCAGAACCCACCAGAACCCACCAGAAACCACCAAAACCCACCCUCUGUGCUUCGUCCUGCAGCCCCUCCACCAGUAACAACAUCCCCCUGAUGAGGGUGGUCCAGUCAGUCAAACACGCUAAGAGGAAGAGCAGCAACGUGAUGAAGGAAGGCUGGAUGGUCCACUACACCAGCAAAGACACUCUGAGGAAACGGCACUACUGGAGGCUGGACAGUAAAUGCAUCACGCUGUUCCAGAGUGACACAGGCAGUAAAUACUACAGGGAAAUCCCCCUGUCAGAGAUCCUGACCCUGGAGCCGGCUCAGAACUUCUCUCUGCUCCCUGAAGGAGCUAACCCUCACUGCUUCCAGAUCAGCACAGCUUCACUGGUUUACUUUGUGGGAGAGAACCUGGUGCGAGGAGACACGUCUGUGUCGGGCAGCACCAUCCUGAAGAAGUUUCAAUUAGUAUUUCUGUCUCCAACUGCCAGAUCCAGGAGAAUGUGGAUAUUAACUCCGUGUACCAGAUCUUCCCAGAUGAGGUUCUGGGUUCGGGACAGUUUGGGAUUGUUUAUGGAGGUAAACACAGGAAGUCCGGUCGAGAUGUCGCCAUCAAGAUCAUCGAUAAACUUCGUUUUCCCACCAAACAGGAGAGUCAGCUGCGUAACGAGGUGGCCAUCCUGCAGAGCCUGCACCACCCGGGGGUGGUGAACCUGGAGUGCAUGUUCGAGACCCCGGAGCGGGUCUUCGUGGUGAUGGAGAAGCUCCACGGAGACAUGCUGGAGAUGAUCCUGUCCAGUGAGAAGGGCCGGCUGCCCGAGAGGAUCACAAAGUUCCUCGUCACUCAGGUCCUCUUUCACUUCCUGUGGCCUGAUGUGGCCCCGGAGCCGCAGGUUGCAGAGCCCUGGUGUGGUGAAGAAAGUGCAGUUAACUGUUUAUCUGUCUGGCUGCAGGUGAAGCUUUGUGACUUUGGAUUUGCUCGGAUAAUYGGUGAGAAGUCGUUCCGGCGCUCGGUGGUGGGCACGCCGGCGUACCUGGCUCCGGAGGUCCUGAGGAACAAAGGUUACAACCGGUCCCUGGACAUGUGGUCCGUCGGAGUCAUCAUCUACGUCAGCCUCAGUGGGACGUUCCCGUUCAAUGAGGACGAAGAUAUCAACGAUCAGAUCCAGAACGCAGCCUUCAUGUACCCCCCCCACCCCUGGAAGAAGGUCUCUCAGGAAGCGAUUGACCUGAUCAACAACCUGCUGCAGGUGAAGAUGAGGAAGAGGUACAGCGUGGAUAAGACCCUCAGUCACCCCUGGUUACAGGACUACCAGAUGUGGCUGGACCUGAGGACGCUGGAGACUCGGAUGGACGAGCGCUACAUCACCCACGAGAGCGACGACCUGCGCUGGCUUCACCACGCCCAGCUCAGCGGCCUGGACUACCCCACCAACCUGCUGAACGGCUCCCGCAACCUGAUGGAACCAGGGCUGGACCACUACAGAGACAAUGAGGAGGAGCUGCAGACCCUCAGUGAGAGGGUCAGCGAGCUCUGAGGGGGUCUGAGGUGGUCUGAGCUGGUCCAACAACAAUGUGAAAAGUGUUGAGUUAAAUACUAUGGUGCAGUAUGUGGGCCAAAGCUAAGACUAUUGUUCAACCAGCAGUUACAUCCUUG